UGUGUGAGUGUCCCUCAUUUGACAGUAUCCUCAUCUCAUACAGUGGGUUGUUCUCCAUGUUGUAGUCUGGCUCCAGUCUAUCACCAGCUGAGCCUUGAACAUGGACACCAUAAGCAGAGUUCUCCACCACAUCACACUUCUCCUGCUGUCUGUUUUUAUUAAACAAACAUUUGAGUAGAAAUGACAACUUACGAUGUCUGUAGAUUAUCAGUAAGGUGAUGACAAUGGAGUGUAU